UCUACUUUCAAAGCCUAGUUACUAAAAUUGACCCUUUGAAGCAAAUAAUAAACAAUGUACUACUACCGUCUCUCUACGCUUCCGCCCUCUGCAACUAUUGGCACCAAACCCAAUCGAACUCUCCCCAUCAGAGCCAUGAGAGCCGUCGUCCAGCGCGUCGCCUCCGCCAGCGUCGAGGUCGAAGGCCGCAUCGUCUCGGCCAUUGGGCCGGGCCUACUCGUCCUUGUCGGGCUUCACGAGUCGGAUUCCGGCUCCGAUGCCGAGUACAUAUGCCGGAAGGUGUUGAAUAUGAGGCUGUUCACAAAUGAGAGUUGCGGAAGAGGAUGGGACCAAAACGUAAUGCAGAGGAACUAUGAAGUGUUACUAGUGAGUCAAUUUACAUUGUAUGGAAUCCUCAAGGGUAACAAGCCUGAUUUUCAUGUGGCCAUGGCGCCGGAUAAAGCAAAGCCCUUUUAUGCUUUGUUGGUUGAGAGCUUUAGAAAAUCCUACAAGCCGGAUGCAAUAAAAGAUGGUGUGUUUGGAGCAAUGAUGAAGGUCAAUUUGGUCAAUGAUGGACCAGUUACAAUGCAAAUCGACUCACCAUCCUCUAAGAACUCAAAUGGCGUCACAGAAGAAUCAUGAUUUGGUUGGCUUUGCUUUGAUUUGAUUCAACGGAGACUCGGCAAUACAGCGGAAUUCAAACGUGUGGAAUCUAAUUUAUGAUAUAGCCAUGAUUGAUGACAUUUGUAAGUAUUAUCGUAUGGAUCAUGAUGUUUCCUGAGAAUUGUUGUGGAUGGAGAUGUUGAAAUUUUCAGUAUCA